AUGGACUCGGCCGGCGGCAGCGCGAGCGCGAGCGCCAGCGCCAGGCGGCGGCGGCGGCGGGGCGAGCACGGCGGCGCGCGCGCGCCGCCAAAGGCCAAGGCCGCCGCCGCGGCGCCCCCGCCCCGGCUGCAGCGCGGGCCCGCGUCGGCGCGGCGCCGCCGCCGCCGCCCGCGGGCGCGGGCCGGCGGUGCCGCCUCGGGCUCGGUGUGCGCGCGCCCCACGCCGCCGCCCGGAGGCGCGCAGCCCGCCGCCAACGCCGCGCCGCCCGAGCCCGGCCGUUGGCUGUGCUGCCUGCCCUGCUACUGGCUGCGCAGCAACCACAGCGUGCACCAGGCCUCGCUCACCGUCGCCAUGCUGCUCGUCACGUCCCUGCUGGUGGCCAGCCCCGUGCUCUUCCUCAUCUCCAGCGCGCCUGCCGGCGACCGCUCCAGGGAGUGCCACCACCAGUACUCUGCACUCAUCCCGCAUCUCGAAGAGAGAGAAGAAAAUAACUUGAUCGACGAUUAUAAGGAGAAUCUAAAAAACAUUAACUUGGUCCGAGAAACAAUAAAAGAUUUUCGAGCCGUUAGUCGAGCCAAAUCAGAGACUCACCAUAGUCAGCGGUGCAGAGUGAAGAAUAUUAUAGAGAAGAUUGAUAUGUUUGAUCAAAGGCAUGAAAAGGACAAAGAAGAUGUGGAAUUAAUUUCAGAAGGAUUGAAAUUGGAAAUAAAAUCUACGGAGUAUUUGAAAGAUUAUGCCCAGCACGCUUAUCAGGAUGCCUUGAAACCAAAUGGUUGCGCAGGUCUUAUCUACAAAGACCCAUCAAGAUCAGUAGAAGAUAUCGGACAUUGUUGUUGUUGUUGA